AAGUACCUUUAAUUCUUCUUCUCAACGUAAUAGGUUGUCACUCCCAGGGCAAGUGCUACGCCUUCGACCAGGACUUUGUAGAAAACUGCCACGAUUACACUUGCAAACAAGAGGGAACUACGUUCAGCCCUAAAUUGAAAAAAGUCCGCUGCACGGAUUCCGAGGGCGUGUGUCACGAUCAGGGCGAGACAUUCUCCUACACGAUAGGGGAGACAACUCACGACAAAUGUACCUGUAACCUCGUCGAUAACACACUGAAGUACUCCUGCAGCGGUGGGAGUGGAAGCGGAAGCCCCAGCGGUAAUGGAGACUGCACUGUAAACAACGCAACAUUCCCGAACGGACAGACUUUUCAUCUGCCGGGCCAGUCCGAGUGCGUCAAGUUCAAAUGUACAGACGGACAAGCCCGUAAAAUUUCGGAAGGCUGCAAAUCACGUAGUGGUGAUUGCCAUGACGUUGGUUCAGUUUUUGAAGAAAAUUGCCACAAAUACACCUGCACCAAGAUUGGGACCAAGCUGAAACCCGAACUAACAACAGAGCGCUGCGUAGAUGCGGAUAAAAAAUGCCAUGACCCCGGAGAUACUUUCCCGUUCGAAAUUGGUGGCAAAAGGUACGAGACAUGCUCCUGCAGUGUCGUGGAUUCUCAGAUCAAGUACAAAUGCUCUGGCGGCACUGGAGGUGGUAGUCAACCUUCGGACGGAAAGCGAGAUUGCAAUGUCAAUGGAGGAACUUACAGCGACGGGAAGAACUUCACACUGCCAGGCCAGUCCAAAUGCUUCGUAUAUCUGUGUACGGAUGGACAGGCGGACCUUAUAGAUAAGGGCUGUGAGAUAUACUCUGUGUGCUAUCCAGUAGGCCAGGAGUACGACUACCAGUGUCAUAAGUACCGCUGUAUCAAGGACGGGAACAACUACAAAGGGAGCAAAGUAAAAACACGCUGCACUGACGUUGCCGGAGUAUGUCAUGAGCAAGGUGAAAACUUUUCCUUCGCCAUUGAUGGCAAAACUUACGACAGCUGCACCUGCAACAUGGAGGGUGACAAACUGAGGUAUUCCUGCGUAGGAGGCGGAAAUGAAGGCUCAAAAAAAUGCAUUGUAGAAGGAGUUACGUACGAAAAUGGACAAAAGUUCAGCAUUCCGGGCCGAUCGAAGUGCUUUAUGUACCAGUGCGCCAAUGGGAAAGCGAAUACCAUCCAGGAAGGCUGUGAGGUGGAUGGUGAAUGUCGGGACGUGGGCUCCACUUUCCUCCGAAACCCUUGCGACACCUACAAGUGCAUCAAGGAGGUAAAGGAAGACGCCAACUACUUCAAAGCCAGCAUCAUCAACAGAAGAUGUGAAGACAGUAACGGAAAGUGCCACAGCCCUGGUGACGUGUUCUCCAAGAGAAUCGGAAGUGUUGUCUACAACAACUGUUCCUGUACACUAGAGCAGAAACACACCAAGUACCGGUGUUACGCUCCGGAUACUGAUGGGCAGCCAAAAGAUUGCGAUAUCGGCGGUAUAACGUACCCCGACGGCAAAAUGUUUGCUCUGCCUGGACAGUCCAUGUGUCUGAAGUAUCUCUGCACCAAAGGCGUGGUGUCAGUGGCCCAGGAGGCCUGUGAGGUGGACGGUGCGUGUGUGCCUCUGAACUCUAUCUCUGAUGACGGCUGUUCCAAAUUCAAGUGCAUCAAGGAGGAUGGGAACGAGGGUCUAACAUACCGCUCUGAGCAGUCCGAGAUUAUGUGCCGUGACGUAUAUGGAAAUAGCCAGCCUCUGUGUACGGAAUUCUACCACGGCAUCAAAGGAAAGCACUACCCUAACUGCACAUGUACGCUGAACGAAACAGGACAGAUUGACUACUCUUGUGUUGACGCUAAGUGUGAAGUGGACGGCCGCAAUUAUGGACACGGGGAGCGCUUUGUCGUGUCCACUCGAUCCCACUGCGUCAAGUACCUGUGCUGGCACGGAGGCUGGGACAUCAGCCAAGGAGCAUGCGAAAUCAACGGUGACUGCUACCCUGCGGACGCCGAGUUCCAAAUUGACUGCAAACAAUACAAGUGCGCAACCGUGCAAAAGAACGGCAUCGAUUUCUUUGAAGCUCAGCUAAUAGGAGAUCGAGAUGAGUGCCAAGACAAGGAUGGAACAUGCCAAUCACCUGGCGAAGUCUUCUCUAAGGUUGUUGACUCCAAGACCUACACCAAAUGUACGUGCAAGGUGGAGCUUGACCACUCCUUCUACCAUUGUACUUCCGCCAACGGAGAAAAUGAGCCCAGAGACUGCGUGGUCGACGGUAACACACACAAGGACGGAGCAGUCUUCACACUGAACGGACAGUCGCCUUGUCUCAAGUUCAGGUGUAGCGACGGUGAUGUGGACAUAGAUGAAGAAGGAUGUGAGCACAAGGGUGAGUGCAAGCCCGUGGGUUCCCAGGUCGAGGAGAACUGUGAGAGGAGCAAGUGCCUGAAAGAACGCGGGCUGGCCAGAUGGGUCACCUCCAAAUUCCUUCCCUGCAACACUGAAGGCUCUGACUGAAGGGACGCCACACGCACACGGCAAAGUGGAGUCGGUUAAUAUAACGUGUUAACGAUAAUAAUAAGUUAAUAAAAGAAGAAACAAGUGUUCUAUUUGCGGUAUUCUCAAACCGUUAAAUCUCCAAGCAUUUUUGAAAUAAAGUGGCUCAAACAUUGAGCGAGAUAUUCUUUAUGUAGACGUGUGCGAAAGCAAGUUAAACUAACGCAUAGGAUUUAUACUUUUUUUUUCUUUUUUUCUUUUUUUUUUUUUAAGGGGGGGGG